GUGAGAGGAAGCAUUCUCAUGAUGUCUACAUUGCCUAGCAUGGCACAAGUUUUUGCCAUAUUAUCACAAGAGGAAAGACAAAGGGAAGUCAGGCCUCACAAUCACACUGUUUUGGAAUCCACUUCAUUGAAUGCCUCUGUUUCAUCUAAUGUUGCUGCAGGAUCCAAAGGUUUUAGGACCAGCUACACCUCCUCAAAAGGAGGUGCUAGCAGCUCCAAUCCCAACACCAACACUGUUUUAAGAGGCAACUCCAGCACUAGUAACAAAUCAAAUUUAUUUUGUGACUUUUGCAAACGUACUGGACAUACCAAGGAUAGGUGCUACAAACUUCAUGGUUACCCAUCCAAUUCUAGACCUUCCAAAGGAAGAAGCUCAGGGUCUGCAGCAAAUGUGUACAGUUCUGAGGAAGACAUGAACCGAAAUGAGGUACCUGAUGAGUCACUGAAGCAAAUGCCAGUGAAUCUGUCCAAAGGUCAAUAUGAGCAGCUACUCAACCUCCUAGGAUCUCUGCAGGCUGGAAAUGAGACUGAUGGCUCAGGAGAUAUGCUUAGUAGAGCAGUGAACCUAGCAGGGCCCUUCUCUGAAGAGCCCUCUGGCACUUGGUAGAGCUAGGAAUGGACUGUACUUUUUCUGUCCAAAAUGCCACAGCUGUGGACCAACUUCUGGUGGUUUAUCUCAUGUCAUUUGUUGUUCUACUGAUUGUUUUUCCAAUUACCAGCAUGUUCUUUCUUCAGUUCAAAAUAAGCAAGUCUUAACUGGGACUGAAUGUCAAACUUCAGCACCAUCCAAUGUAAAAUGUUCUCAUGUUUCCAAUAAAGAAGUUUGUACUGUUGGUUUUCCUUCAAGGUCUGUUAAUAGUUUUCCUUCUUUUGCUGUUAAUUCUGUUCA